CGUCUGAGUGUCCAGUCCUAGCCGGGGAGGUGUGUGUUUGCCCCUGCCUCCCCGGGUCCCUCGCCUGGGUCCUCGGCUCGCCUUUUCCCUCCUUGCCUCCCUCGCCGGAGCUGCCUGCCCAAACCCCAACCACCUGUGCACCCGAGAAACCCAACUCCUCCUGCUCUGCGCCCCGGGGGGGGAGAGGCAGGGGCAGGGCCAAGCCGCAGAGGGGGCCGCCGCCGCCUCCUCCUGCCUCCUCCUCGCCUCCUCCUCGCCUCCUCCCCCUCCCCGGUCUGACGCUGCCUCCUCGGGAAGGGUGUUUGGAGGGCAGCGGCCGCCCCAAGCCGAAGCCCCGCAGCGCUUCUUAUGAUCAGCUCGGUGUGUGUCUCCUCCUACCGUGGGCGCAAGUCGGGGAACAAGCCUCCGUCCAAAACAUGUCUGAAGGAGGAGAUGGCCAAGGGCGAGGCGUCGGAGAAGAUCAUCAUCAACGUGGGCGGCACGCGACAUGAGACCUACCGCAGCACCCUGCGCACCCUACCGGGCACCCGCCUCGCCUGGCUGGCCGAUCCCGACGGCGGGGGCCGGCCCGAGUCCGAUGGCGGCGGUGCAGGCAGCCGCGGCAGCAGCGGCGGCGGGAGCUGCGAGUUCUUCUUCGACCGGCACCCGGGCGUCUUUGCUUACGUGCUCAACUACUACCGCACGGGCAAGCUGCACUGCCCCGCCGACGUGUGCGGGCCGCUCUUCGAGGAGGAGCUCACCUUCUGGGGCAUCGACGAGACCGAUGUGGAGCCCUGCUGCUGGAUGACCUACCGCCAGCACCGCGACGCCGAAGAGGCGCUCGAUAUCUUCGAGAGCCCGGACGGAGGCGGCGGUGGCGCGGGGACGGGCGACGAGGCCGGCGACGAUGAACGGGAGCUGGCCCUGCAGCGCCUGGGGCCCCACGAGGGAGGUGCGGGCCCCGGCGCCGGGUCCGGGGGCUGCCGUGGCUGGCAGCCCCGCAUGUGGGCGCUCUUCGAGGAUCCCUACUCCUCCCGGGCGGCCAGGGUGGUGGCCUUCGCCUCUCUCUUCUUCAUCCUGGUCUCCAUCACCACCUUCUGCCUGGAGACCCAUGAGGCCUUCAACAUUGACCGCAACGUGACAGAGAUCCACCGGGUGGGGAACACCACCAGCGUGCACUUCCGGCGGGAGGUGGAGACGGAGCCCAUCCUGACCUACAUCGAGGGGGUGUGUGUGCUGUGGUUUACGCUGGAGUUCCUGGUGCGCAUCGUGUGCUGCCCCGACACGCUGGACUUCGUCAAGAACCUGCUCAACAUCAUCGACUUCGUGGCCAUCCUGCCCUUCUACCUGGAGGUGGGCCUGAGCGGCCUGUCCUCCAAGGCGGCCCGAGACGUGCUGGGCUUCCUGCGCGUGGUGCGCUUCGUGCGCAUCCUGCGCAUCUUCAAGCUCACGCGCCACUUCGUGGGGCUGCGCGUGCUGGGCCACACCCUGCGUGCCAGCACCAACGAGUUCCUGCUGCUCAUCAUCUUCCUGGCCCUGGGGGUGCUCAUCUUUGCCACCAUGAUCUACUAUGCUGAGCGCAUUGGCGCCAGGCCCUCUGACCCGCGGGGCAAUGACCACACCGACUUCAAGAACAUCCCCAUCGGCUUCUGGUGGGCGGUGGUCACCAUGACGACGCUGGGCUAUGGGGACAUGUACCCCAAGACCUGGUCAGGCAUGCUGGUGGGGGCGCUGUGUGCACUGGCUGGCGUGCUCACCAUCGCCAUGCCCGUGCCGGUCAUCGUCAACAACUUCGGCAUGUACUACUCCCUGGCCAUGGCCAAGCAGAAGCUGCCUAAGAAAAGAAAGAAGCACGUGCCCCGGCCGCCUCAGCUUGAGUCACCCAUUUACUGCAAGUCGGAGGAGACCUCGCCCCGGGACAGCACCUACAGUGAUACCAGCCCCGCUGCCCCAGAAGAGGGUAUGGUUGAGAGGAAACGGGCAGACUCCAAGCAGAACGGCGAUGCCAAUGCGGUGCUGUCAGACGAGGAGGGAGCUGGCCUCACCCAGCCCCUGGCCUCUGCCCCCACCCCUGAGGAGCGCCGGGCCCUGCGACGCUCUGGCCCCCGGGACAAAACCAAGAAGGCGGCCACCUGCUUCCUGCUCAGCGCCGGGGACUAUACCUGUGUUGAUGGCAGGGUCCGGAAAGAAGGCAAUGUUGAGCCGAAAGCGUGCGUCCCAGUGUCUCACACCUGUGCUCUUUAAACACAGAGACCUGCCAAGACGCCCUCUCGCCCAGCUAUACCCAGGCUGAAGUCCUCACCCUCUCUUAAGCGGCACCAACGUGAGAGAGGCAGGCAGACAGACAGAAAGCCAAAGGCUUAGGGAAACUCUGGAACCCUGGCAAGAAUCUUUCGCUGGGAAAGACUCAGAGAUCCUUGUUUGCACAGGACUGACGGAAAACCUCCCAUGUGACCCUCCGGACCCAGAGCCAUCUGGGUCCGAUGUUCUGUUCUGUUGUACACUGAAGAGAUAUAUAUGCACAUAUAGUGUCUAUAUUCAUACAUACUAUACUCUUGUGUGUAGUGCACGUGCUAUUGGUGGUCUGUCUUCUUUGUUAGGCUGUGUCUCCCCAAGCCCGGGCCCCACCCCCAGGCCCCCCCCAGCCCCGUCCCCUUUCCCCUUCACUGACUCCUUGUUUCUGCUGAACACGUAUAUGGAAUGUCCCAGGAAAAGAGCAUCUGGGAACGGCCAGUCCCACUGGGGGAUCCCAGGCUAGACUUGCCCUCUUGGGGUUGUUUCCCCUGUGGCCAGUGGUCUGUGGAAGGCCCGCUUGCCCCCCAGGGUCACUGCUCCACAAGCCCCACCCCACCCCAGAUUGGGGUUCUACCUCCCACCCUCGCCCCAGUUUUGGGGGACUUCCAAGGGGCUCCUCUGCAGCUUCUCCCACUCCUUCCUCCACCUUACCUCUGUCCUGGACUGAGGGGGGAGCGUUUUGUCUUUUUUUAUUUGGGGGGUUUUGUUCUGUCUCCUUUGUCCGUUUGUUUUCAAAGAUGCUGCUGGGCAGACGGGCAGGGAAGGGGUCUGUCCGCCCAUCCGGCUCAGGGGUCUGAGAAGGGGAAGCCUCGGGCGAGCGGAGACCAGUUGCAAUACUGUACUUCCUGGCCGGUGGCCAGAGGACCGUGCAAUAGCAGAGGCCAGGUGACCCCUUCGACCUUGGCCUCUGCCCCUCCCGCGGCCCUCCCUCCCCACUCCCCCACCCUGUCCCUCCCUAGUGUUGGUCAGUCCUUUUCUAAAGCUGUCCCCUCGUGUGUGUGUGUGUGUGUG